AUGGAAGGACCAUUAUCAAAAUGGACUAAUUUGGUACAUGGUUGGCAGUAUCGUUGGUUUGUCUUACAAAAUGAUAUUCUUGUUUAUUACACGUCAAGAGAAAAAAUGCUCCGUCGACAACAAAGAGGUUGUAUUAGAUUAAGAGGAGCUACAAUUGGAAUUGAUGGUGUAAAUAAUUCUUUAUUUACUGUAUCUGUGGAUAAUAAAAUUUUUCAUCUACAGGGAAGAGAUCAAAAUGAGCGUGAUAAAUGGGUUAGAGCUUUAGAAAAAACAAUACAUAAUUUAUGUGGAUAUUAUAAACCUGCUGAACAAGAUCCUUUAACAUUGUUAAAUGAAAAAUUAUUAGAAGCAGAUAAUCAUUUAAAAGUUGCUAUGGAAGAGGUACAUAUUCUUGAGUCAAUUGAAGAAACAUCAACAAAUGAAAAAAAAGCAAAAAUAAAAGAGAUAUUAAAAUCCGGUAAUAUUUUACUUGAUACAAUAAGAAGUUCUGUUAUAUUUUUACAAAUGGUUAAAAGUCAAAUAGAUUCAAAUGCAACGCGUAAAACACGUUCUGGAUCUCUUGCACCCAGUAAUAAUGGUACUGAUGAUGAUAAAUCUGUGUCUCCUGUUGCAACUAUUAAAAAUGAAGAAAAAGAAGUCGUUAAUAUUGUUCCACCAAUGUCAUACUCAUCUUCGGAGGACGAAGACGAAUUUUUUGAUGCGCGUUCAUUAAACGGUGAAAAAAAUCAUUCAUCUUUAAAUUCAGAAAAACGUAUUUCAGCAUCAUCUUUUCCAAUUGAUGAAGGAAUAAUGAGAGUAUAUAAUCAAACUGAUGUUGAACCUGAUUGGGAUGAUAAUCAUGAAGAUUUUGAUCAAAUUUAUGAAAAUAAUGAAGAAAGUGACUUAGGAAAUGUUCAACAACAACAUGGAAGUGUGUUAAUGCACCUUUUGUCACAGGUAAGUGUUGGUAUGGAUCUUACAAAAGUUACUUUACCAACAUUUAUAUUGGAGCGAAGAUCAUUACUUGAAAUGUAUGCAGAUUUUUUUGCACAUCCAGAUGAUUUUGUUAGUGGGACUGAUCUCGAAACGCCUGAAUCAAGAUUUAUUGCAGUUGUACGAUAUUAUCUUAGUGCGUUCUAUCCAGCUCGCAAAAGUGGUGUUGCUAAAAAACCAUAUAAUCCUAUUUUAGGAGAAACAUUUCGUUGUAGAUGGACAGUACCAGGAAUGGAAUUAACUGGUGAAAGGACAACAUCUGGUCCAUUUCCAGGAAGUGAUAAAAAUCAAUUAACUUUUAUUGCAGAGCAAGUUUCACAUCAUCCACCAAUAUCAGCAUUUUAUGCUGAACAUCCUGGAAAAAGGAUAUCAUUUAAUGGUUUUAUAUGGACAAAAUCUUCAUUUCUUGGAUUAUCAAUUGGUGUUGCUAAUAUUGGAUUUGGAACAGUUACUUUACAUGAUUAUGAUGAAGUAUAUAAAUUAACAUUUCCUAGUGGAUAUGGAAGAAGUAUUAUGGGUACUCCAUGGAUUGAAUUAGGAGGAAGAAUAGAAGUUUCAUGUGAAAAGACAGGUUAUACUGCUGAGAUAGACUUCCUUACAAAAUCAUUCUUUGGUGGUAAACCACAUAGAUUAUCAGGUUCAUUAUUUAAACCAGGUGUUAAGAAACCAAUAUUAACAUUACGUGGAGAAUGGAAUGGUAUUAUAUAUGCUAAACCAUUAAAUGGUGAUGAGUAUGUUUUUGUAGAUGUUAAAGCUAAAUCUGAAAUACGAAAAGAAUGUGACCCAAUUGCCAAAAUGGGAGAUCGUGAAAGUAGACGUCUUUGGAGGCAUGUUACAACAGCAUUAUUUAGGAAUAAAAUUAGCCUAGCAACCAAUUCUAAAUUAUGGAUUGAACAAAGACAACGUGAUGAGGCUAAAAAACGAAAAGAAAAAGGAGAAGUAUGGAAUAACAUUUUCUUUAAAAAACAAGAUGAUAAUUGGGUUUAUGAAAAUUCCUUAGGUAAAAGAACAGAAAUUUGA